AUGCUCUGGUAAUUAGCAAUUCGGAAAAGGAUGACGUUGAUUGGAAAUGGAAUGAAAUAAAUUGGCCCGAUAUUGGAAGAAAAUUAUAUGGUUUUUACAAAAACAAUCAAAAUAGUGAUCCAAUUAAUUGGAAAAAAUAUGAUUUUAUCAAAAAUAGAGAUAACAUCUGUGAAGAAGAACUUGAUCGGUAUUUUAAUAGCAUAAAAAAGCGAAUUUAUGGAAAUUUUGACAUAAUCAUUAUUUAUACAAAACGAAGUAAUCAAAUGAAGCGUAGAUCACAAUAUGCAAAAAAUUUAAAGCCAUUAUUAAAUUCAAUGUGGAAUUGUCUAAAAUUUUCUCCAUUAGCAUUUCAAUAUAUUGUUUCUUCUACCUCAAACUUUUACGAGUCAUUUAUCGCAAAAACUUAUGUUAUCUCCUCCGAAUCAAGACAUGGCCAUCCAGACCCCUUGGACAUUGUCAGAAUUGCAAAAUCUAUAUUAGAAGAUUCAAAUAAAGAAAGAAAUGCAUCGAUUUUAUUAACUAAUGGAACAAAAAUCAAUAUGAAUUUAUUAGCUACUACCAUAAAUAAUUUAGUAAAAAAUGAGACAAACCAAUCAAUUAACAUUAAUGAUAAACUAAACCAAAUUAUCAAGGUUUAUGCUAAUUGUGGAAAAACUUAUGAAGUCAGCGUUAAACUUUCUAACGAUGCACCAAAUUAUCCUAAGAAUGCUACGCUAUUGC